GAGGGGUCCUGUCCUUCCAGAACCCAACUGCGCCAGAGGCGUGCUCACGCUUACCUCGGCCAUCGUUCCAACUCAUUUCAACCUAAUCACACACACAUGCUGUUCAUUACUCAUCCGCUCUUAGAUAUACAUACGAAUUGGUCUUAGUCCAUAGGUAUUUACCCCCAAAUACAUGUCUCUGCUGUGUUGGCACUUAUCGUUUUUUUAUGCCGAGCCCCCAAAUUGCUUUUGCUCACCCUCAGUGUAUUUGUACAACUUUCACUAUGAAGCUAUUGAAACUCAUCCUUCGUCGCCCCCCCCUGGACUACCUUGCAGCGCUUGGCCAAAUUUAGAUGCUAUCUCAGGGCGAGCCAUAUUUACCUUCGGAUCAUACGACCGGAAUUUGUUCUGUGGGAUGCACGGUGCCGAGUCCUGGCUAGGUUGCAUAUCCGCCUGCACCUUCGCGUUGGCCUCAUGAGUGCCAACUAGUCCUACAUCAAGCUACCCAUGAGCUGUUUCAUGGUAGCACCAAAUUAUUCGUCACAAUAGAGAAUAAGUAUAAAGAUUCCGGAUGCUCAACAGCUUCAUCAACUUUUCUUCCAAGCUAAAACUUUCCAACAAUUACUCUCUGUACUCACCAACCACUCGCUCAAUUCCAACUAUAUAUCCACGUAUAUAGAUAUACACAUUCAACAUGUCUUAUUCAAGCCCCAGUCCUGCAACAAGCACCUGGCAAGAUAAGCUUCAAGAGAGAUGCCGCACCGCGCAAAUCAACCCACCGGUUUUCAGCAUUGUCUCCGACAGAAGAGGAGGCCGAACUGCUUGGUCUAGCACUGUCACGGUGUCCGGCCAAAGCAUUGCCGCCCGAUAUUGGUACGACGGCCAAUACCUCAACAACGCCAAAGAAGACGCUGCAGAAGUGGCCCUCAAGGCCCUUGGCAACUCCAGCCCAACGUCGCCAACACAGGGCCGACACGGAUGGUAGAAAUUUAUGCUCUCACAUCAUCUGUGCGCCAGCGAUUUCUUGGAGCGAGGCGAACACUUGCUUCCAGCAGCACCUGUAUGAUAUGAUAUGAAACGACUUGGCUUAGAUUUGGUAUGCUCAUUUGAAUGGAUAUUGGGACGUAGUCCGGCGCAAGAAGGAAUAUUGGGGCGUCCAGGAGAAUAUGUAUGAGCAGGGUUAGGGAUUGAUUUUGGAUUUCAACGGUUUCGCUACAAAAAAAAAGGACGUGUAGUGUACGAGGGCUUUGGAAAAGCACUUCAAAAAAAUAGCACUAUGAUGAUACUGAGAAUAAUACAGUCUGUUCUACC